AAAGCGACCACGGUAAUGUGGAAGUGACGUUGGAUCCGUUAGAUCAAUGGCUGCCAUCUCAUCGUAUUUGUAUUAGGUGUAUUACGUUAUGUACAGCAUUACAUCUUUGAUGUAAUUGUAAUCAGUAUAUCAUAUGCAUGUUUGACUAUUAUACAGAUUAAUAUUGACUUUUCGUGGAGAUGGAUUUCACAGCUCAAAUAAUUACGGUGAUUGCUGUUUUAAUUAUCAACGUGGAUGGAAUUAUGUGGAAACUACAACCGAAUGCACAAAAAUGCCUGAAAGAGGAACUGCAAUCUGAUGUUCUUGUAACCGGUGAUUAUGAGGUUCAGGACGCACCAGGGCAAAAAGUGGAUUAUGUAGUACGAGACUCAAAGGGCCAUAUUUUGUCACAAAAGGAAGACAUUUCCAGAGGAAAGUUUUCAUUUGUUACUGAAAACUAUGACACUUUUGAGAUAUGCUUCACAUCUCGAGUUCCGCCACAACAGAGGGGCAAUGCACAGGAGGUGUCCUUGGUCACAAAGAGGGGCGUUGAAGCAAAGAACUACGAGGGUCUGCUUGGCGAAGCUGCAAAACUGAAGCCUCUGGAGGUUGAACUCAAACGCCUGGAAGAUCUAUCAGAUGCCAUUGUGCAGGAUUUUUCACAGAUGAGAAAACGUGAGGAGGAGAUGCGAGACACCAAUGAGUCAACAAACAACCGUGUGUUGUACUUCAGCAUCUUCAGCAUGUGUUGUCUCCUUGGACUGGCCACAUGGCAGGUACUCUACCUGCGACGUUUCUUCAAGGCCAAGAAACUUAUAGAGUAGUGUGCCUUUGUGUUUCCAUUUUUCACUUUAUUAAGAACCUUUUGUUUGAUGACUUUGCAUCCCAUCUAACAUUGUAAAUACAGUGUGUUUCAUUUAUUUGUUCAUGUACUAUAAUAAUUUUUAUAUUUGCACAUUUCAGACAGUAUAGUUUUGAAACUGGAUUGGCUGUGGAAAUAACACUGAUGGUUCUUAACAAUAAAUUUCCAGAAUUGCAUUGCAAGUGAUUUCCAGUGGUCACUUUGUCAUUCUAUUUCAAACUCAAGCAGUGUGUGUGAAAUGUGGACAUAUGAAUCCCCUAAAAUCAGUCACUUGAGUCAUUUAUCUCUUGUUAGAAGUGGUAGAACGCUGAUGCCGAUUUGUAUAUGGCAUUAUAACAUUAUUCAUCUUCCCAAAUUCUUGACAGAAAAUUGCAAAGUGUUCUGACUAUACACAUUUUCUGUAUGGUAUACCGAUACAAUGAAAAUAAUGAUUUGUGGCCAAUUUCUCAUGGUGAAAAUUUAAGACAUCUUUUUUCUACAUGUUAAAUAUGUAUGAUACUUGAAAGGGCUGAACAUGUCUACCAGUCAGUCUUGCAUGUUUUUAAAAAAUCACAACUGAUCCCAUACAAGUUUUGAAUAAUGAAACAAUAAAUCAAAAGUGCAGA